GUUCUCGUUUCUUUGGAAACGUCUCCAAGCGCUUGAGCAUCUCUUUCCCUGGACCAGGAGGCUUUCGGCUCCUCCCUCGACUCCUCCCACGUCCCUCCUUCCUUGUCACUGCCGGGCAAAGCUCAGGGGUCCGGGCACUCAGUGCGGGCGAAGCGGGUGGUGGAGGUGGGCACAAGGUUGGCAUGAGCAAAGCCAGAAGGCCCCGGGACACCAGCUCUGCCCGGCGAAGAGGUGACUUCUGCUUUUUGCAAACUUAUAACUGGGCCAGGCUCCCCGAGGCCCGAAUAUCAGGCAUCCUUCAAUUUGACGGAUGUGCCAAGCCGGAGGGAGCUUUCCCUAGCAGCUCCUGACCCUCCUGGGACUCAAAGGACAGAGGGUGGGGUUGGCACUGAGCUGGUCCAGCUCCCGUGGUCCCUGCUGGCUUUCCUGGACUCCGAGGGGACGGCUGGACUGGAGGGAAGAGGCGGUGGAGAGGAGACCCACCUCUUCCUCUUUCUCCCUCUCUUCUCCCCUCUCCUCCUCCUCCUUUCCUCCUUCCUCUUUUUCCUCCUCCCCCUGCCCCUCCUGGGGCUAAGUGACCCCCCUCCCCAUCCCUCCCCUGGGCAUUUGAGUCCUUCGUCCUCCAUGGAGUCCCCAUCUUCGUCCCGGAGUCCCCCACCGGGAGGAUGAGGGAGGAUGGGCAUCUCCCCCGCCGCCGGCGGCAUCCUCGCUGAGCCCCCACCCCCUCCUCUUCUCCGGGUGGGUGGGCAUUGACAGGUCCUGCCGCUCCCCUCCCCACCCUGCCCGAACACUCCGCGCCCGUCCUGCCGGUCCAGGCCUCGCCCACACCCUGCAGUGCCAAAUUCAGAACUAUGAUAGCAACUGGCGGAGUGAUAACGGGCCUGGCAGCCUUAAAGAGGCAAGACUCUGCCCGAUCCCAGCAACAUGUCAACCUCACACCGGUGCCCACCGCACAAGAGAAAAAGCCGGUCCGACGUCGGCCCAGAGCUGAUGUUGUUGUGGUUCGGGGGAAGAUCCGACUCUACUCUCCCUCUGGAUUCUUCCUCAUCCUGGGAGUGCUCAUCUCCAUACUUGGGAUCGCGAUGGCCGUCCUGGGCUACUGGCCCCAGAGAGAACACUUCAUUGGUGCAGAAGCCAGACUGUCCACCAAUCAGACCCGCGUCAUUCGAAACCAAGGGGGUGUCGUGGUUCACUUCUUUGAGCAGCACCUACACUCGGACAAGAUGAAAAUGCUUGGCCCUUUCACGAUGGGCAUAGGCAUUUUUAUUUUCAUCUGUGCCAAUGCCAUUCUGCAUGAGAAUCGUGACAAGGAAACUAAAAUCAUACACAUGAGAGACAUCUAUUCCACCGUCAUAGACAUCCACUCACUAAGAAUCAAAGAACAAAGGCACAUGAACGGAGCCUACGCCGGGUUAAUGGAUGCUGAAGUCAAACAGGAUGGGAACUCUUGUGCCGCAAGGUUGGCGGCCAACACGAUUGCCUCUUUCUCAGGUCUCCGGGGCACUUUUCGCACAGACGGUUCAGCCGAAGAUGAGGAGCUGGUCCUCAAUGAGAACAGGGGCAUCGGGCAUCUGAUACCACCCUUGUUGUCGGAGAGCUCCGUCUCUAUCUUCGGUCUUUAUUCUCCCCACAACAGGGCAACAGACGACAAAAGCAGCGGUUUGAAAAAAUGUGAAACCAAGUCCAUCGUCUCCUCCUCCAUCAGCGCUUUCACGUUGCCAGUGAUCAAACUCAAUAACUGCGUCAUCGACGAACCCAGCAUCGACAACAUAACCGAGGACUCAGAGUUCCACAGGAGCCGCCCUCGAAAUCUGUCAAUGGAUUCUCUGACCGUUCCCGUGCCCGAUAUCAAUGAAUCCUACCAGCCCGCCAAUGCGGUUCUUUCCAGAAACAACUCAGUUAGUGGCUCUCCUGCCUGUCAGUAUAAAUCCUCCAUGGCACUAGGACCUAGCACUGGAGAGUUAUUGUCACCCGGCACAGCUAGGAAACAGUUUGGGUCCAACACAUCUUUACAUCUGCUCUCUUCACACUCAAAAUCCUUAGACUUAGAUCGGGGUCCUUCCACCCUGACGGUCCAGGCUGAACAGAGGAAGCAUCCAAGUUGGCCGAGGCUGGAUCGCAGCAACAGCAAGGGGUAUAUGAAACUGGAGAACAAAGAGGAUCCAAUGGAUAGAUUACUGGUGCCACAGGCCUCCAUCAAAAAGGACUUCACCAAUAAGGAGAAGCUUCUUAUGAUAUCGAGGUCUCAUAACAACUUGAGUUUUGAACAUGAUGAAUUUUUGAGUAACAAUCUAAAGCGAGGGACUUCAGAAACAAGAUUUUAGUGUGCAGAAUAAAGUUUUACAAGGUAUCAUAUUUUAAAAUAAUUGGCACAAGAGGUUCUUUGUUGAAGUUAUGGGCACAGGCCAGUUUUAACCAAAUGGUUACUGUAUAUGUGAAUUGGUUUCUCUGAGCAGAGCUAUUGAUUUCCUUAAGGAAAGAGAUUCAAAGUCUCAGUAACAUACAACUGUAACACCAAAAGAACAUUAUCAUGACCCAGUAGCUUUUGGUUUCUAUGAAAGCAUGAUUUUUUUUAUCCCUGUAAGUCAAGAAACUGCCUCUAAAUUAAAGCUCACCUCUGCUUCUGUUUUCAGUUCUUUCUUGGUUGCCACAUUCUAAAGAGGAGGCUUAGGGACUAGAAAAGGAAAGAACCAGAGAUUGGACUGGAAUGAUCAGUUCCAGGCCCAUAGACAAGAUCUAUUUUUGUUCUGACAGGAAACCUGCAAAUCUAAGGCUGUCAUUUUCAGAAAAUUGUUUACAUGAAGGGCUGGGGUGGGUUGAAAAAAAAAAGACUGAGCAAAUUAGGCCUCGUGUUAUGUGUGAAUUCAUUGCAACUGGUGAAGGUAUAUUCUAAUGUUGUGAACUCUCUCCAUUCUGCUAUAUGCCUUUGGCUUUUCAAUUCCAUGAUAUUUUAGUGUAGCAAAUGGAAGAAUUUAUAUACUCCCAUGCUGUGGUUCAGAAAUGCAGAUAGUUUUAAGGACAAACAGCAAAGCUUGUCAGAAGCUUGCAACUUUAGAAACUCAAAAAGAAAGUGUAUUCAAAUGGACUAAACUACACAUGAGAAAAUGUUUCCAAGCGCUUAGUACAGUUCUCUGCACAUAGUAAGUGCUCAAUAAAUACUAUUAAAUGAAUGAAUGAAUGAAAAUGUGACUUUAGAAAUAUAUUUCCAUCAUCUGAAAUUAACUCCUCAAGCCAAGAUAAAGUUUUCAAAUAUUCCAUACUCUUUGCAAAAGAAAGAGGUCUUAGUUUCAUAUUAACCAGUCUGCUCCACUGCUCAGCUUGAAGGCUCCCACUAUGUAUUUUUGAAAUUCCUGCCUUCUGAGGUAGUAAUGAGUUUGACUGUUUCUUUUCUUUUUUAGCUUUGCCUAAACCUAGCUAGAUGUCUCAGUAAAAAUUUAGCUACAAUUUAAAUUGCCUUGAAGUUCAGCUUUUAAAUAAUUCUUAGCAAAGGAAAACCCCAUGAAGCUUUUAGCAGAACAAGUAAUAGAAUUGCAGUUGUUGGCUGUUGCAAAGGAAAUCAAUGAUAAAAUAGAUAUCCACUGGAAAGUUUUCUCGUUUUCCAAAAGACAUUCAAAUGAUCAUUCAUAUGCUGUGUUUAAUAUUCUUAUUUAGCUGAAAUACUCAGGAAUUAGUUUUCAUGGCUUCUCCCCAAAAUAGCCAAACGUUAAAAUGUUAAUGUACCACAGUUGUUGAUGAGGAAUGUAAGACAGAAAUAUUUCUAUUUCCAGCUCCAUACAUAUCCACACAGUGAUAUUUGCUCAGUGAAUCAAGGCAUAGUGCAUUUGUUAGAACCUCAAUCUUCUCUAUUGUAUCAGACUGGGCUAUUUUGCUAUGAAGCUUUUAAUACAUUUCUGGUUCGUGUUCUUAAUACAUUUGCUAUUUUUUGAAAUAAAAUCAAAUGGACAACUA